AUGCUCGGCCGAAUCUUCUAUCCUGCUCUUCCCGCUCCUCCUCCCAAUCUCACUCACUCACCCCUUUCACUCCCAUCAAAAAUGAAAAUUUUAACUCCAAGUCAAAUAGCAACACUUCUCCUUCUCCUCUCAACUAUCUCUUCUCUCUUACUCAACUCUACAUUUCUCCCUCUCAUCGGACGAUACAUUUGUAGCACUUAUACACCUUCUUCUUCUCCUCUUCCUUUGUCUUCCUCGGAUGUAUUUUUAUUGUCAGAUGAACUGUGUAAAUCCUCACCAGUACAAUCACGGAUAGCGGAGAUAAAUGGGAUAUUUCAAUUUUUGAGCUAUGUUCCGGGGAUUUUUUUAACGGGAUCUUGGGGUUGGAUUGCAAGGAGAUGGGGGAUGAGGAGGGGGGUUGUAGGGUUGGUUGCUGGGAGUGGGGUGUUGGGGGGAGUGUGGUGGGGUGUUGUUUGUUGGAAUUCUGAUACGUGGGAUCUUAGAUGGAUUUAUCUCAUACCAAUUUUUGAUUUGAUAGGUGGUGGAAAAGUGGUUAUGGUUAGUUUAUUGUAUGCUUAUAUUGGUGAGGAAGCAGAUGCUGAGGGUGGAAAUGAGGGUUUAUCCUCUACCUUGUAUCGUCUCGUGGCUCUACAACUUUUCAGUAGUUUCAAAGCUCUUUCGUUCGCAGGCUUUCUCUUGAAGUAUGAAUAUGGUGUUUGGAUUAUCUGUGCGUUUGCGGUUGGAUUCCGAGUUCUUUCCAUUGGAAUUGCGAUGCUUUUACCUUCAGGUAAAUUCGUUGAGUCAAAUACCAACAUACCAAAUUUAGAAAGGGAUACAGGUAUGGAAUGGGGAAGUUAUAGAGAUUCCAUCGAUGAAGAAAACGAGCAAGACAACGAUUCAGAAACCAUACCAACUUCAACAAAUCACAACACCUCAUCCGUAUCAUCAACUAUGUAUAUAAAUACUUUUCCAUCGCAUCCGAUACCAAAAUUUCGCAUUAAUCCACAAACUUCAUUCUUAUCUCUUGUUUUCCUCAUUACUUUCUCGCUAAAGAUUCAUAUUCUUUACCCUCAAUUCACUAGUCUUUCUCAAAAUCUUCCAUACAAUGUUACUACAACCAUUUACAGUUUUUGUUUAUUGGGUUCUAGUAUCCUACUAAUUUUUCUCCCACAAAUCGUAAAAUUCAUGAAUCGGAGGAGAAAAUUACGAGUCUUGUUUAUUCGCAGCGAAGAAGAAAGAGAAGGAAUCGAAUGUAAUGAGGAAAAUGAUUUCCUGGUUCUAAAAUGGAGUUUGCUGGCUAAUAUUAUGAGUUUAAUACUCUUGGCACUUCCGACAACAAGAGGCACAGCAUUAUGGUUGGCUAUGGGGGGAAGUGUAGCGGGGAGUCCGGUACAAGUUGCUUUGCUUGCUUGGGGGAGUGGAUUAGUUUCUGAUUCGAGCUCAGGAGAUUCUGAUAAUUUUGAGGAAGAGAAUAAUGUGAGAGAAGGGAGAUAUAUAACUACAGCUCAGAAUGUCUUGCAAGAUUUGGAAUUGGAAGUGGGUGGAAUCAAUUACAAAGAAAAAGGAAGUGGAAGAUCAGAGAUAGAAAAAUUCUAUGUGAGAAUGGGAAUAUUGGAACAAGUAGGCGCUUGUUUGGGGACAGGGGUAUGGAGUUUAGGAUUUGCGAAGGGGAUGGGUGGAAAUGAUGGAUUUGUGGAUUUCUCACGGUGGGAUUUAAAGGGAUGGAUGGAUGAGAAAGGUGGAUUUCUCACGGGAUGGAUGGAUGAGAAAGGUGGAUUUGUUUUGGCAGCAGGAUUGUUGAGAUUGGGAUUGCUGGUCGCUGUGAGAUUGGAAAGGAGAAUUGGGGGUGAGAGUCGAGAUGGAAGUAUUGCACUUUGGUAA